AUGGACGAAACAACGCCUCUCCUCCCUGGACAAAAUGACCACAACGACGAGGGUACUAUCACAACGCGGCCAACAUGCGCGUCAAGGAUUAUCACCAUCCUCAUCUGGUCGUCCGUUAUUACCUCCGCCGUGACCUCCUUGUACAGCCUCAUCGUCCACCUGGUGGUGAAACUCUCCCCUUAUUAUUACUUUCUCCCCUGGAGUAUGAGAGAUUCCAUUGAAGCCUUGCUCCCACUGACCUUCCUAUGCGCGGUCGCGAGCUUGUUCGGCAUUUUCAAACUGACGGUCCCAAACACCGGCGCAUGGCUCCUGAUCAACGUCGUCUUCGAUUUUUUGAUUGUUCUCCUCUUCUCGGGCAAUCCUGCUCUUUCGGGCCCUGAGAUUGGAAACUGGGGACAAUGCGAUGGCUACCGUGAUGGGUUUCCAUCUCCAGGGUUCGAGACGAGAUGUGACAGUUUUGCGGACGCGAUCAGGGCGGUGAUACUUGUCGGGCUUGUGUUUGAGCUGGCUAUCAUGACUCUACAUCUGGUCUUUUUCAUCUGUGAUGUGGUGCUGGGGGUCAAGAGACUCGGACAGUAUAGCGGGGGAUGGAGGUUUCCAACUGGUCAGCUGACGGUAGAGUUUACCGUUAAGGUAUUGAGGCAGAGAGAUGAAUAA